GUCAUUUUAUUAUUAAAUCAAUGCCUGUUUUUUUUGUAAAAAAAUGUCGAAUCUAAUAGGCUUAGGUUGUGUUAGCCUUUUUCAACCAAUAGGAAAGCUAAGUUGACUAUUCACAACCUGUCCGAUGGCAUCUGUUUAUAAUAGGCUAAAAUUAUAUAAACGUCUCAUAAUGUAAAAACUAGUUUUAUUUUGGGGGAAUGACAUCAAAAACUGAGAGAUGUGGUUGUGGUUAUGACUAUUAUACUAAAAGCAUCACAGGAUCUUUAAGUCAAUGUAAAAUGGAUUAUUCAUGUAGUAGUAGUAGUCGUGCUAAUCAGCAUACUUCAACAACAGAUGAAACAUCGAAUUGGAAUAUUGAAAACGUGAAAAAAUUUUCAAGUUUGCAUUAUUCUAGUGAUUCUUCAGAGCCGUUAUUCUCAAGUUGUAAAGAAGAAGUACAAUGUCCAACUAGCCAGUUCAAAUCGAAUUCUUUACGUUCAUCCUCUUUAAGCACGGAGCAUAUGCUUCAAGAUCCACCUGUUAAAAGCUCCUUUUGUCAAAAGCAUAUUGUUUCUGCUGACUCCUUGGAUAUCUUCAAUUCUUCUUGUGUAAAUCCACAUUGUUUAUGUUCAUUCACGAAUGGUCAAGAAACAUCGGAUUCUAUUGGAUGCAUGAAGUUUCAUACUUAUCAUAAUCAUGAACGUAUGCAUCCGUCACCUAGACGAUUGAAAUCCAAUCUCAGUUCAGAUAAUCAUCCUUUUAUAAUAUCCAAUCGUAAUGUUGUUUCACGUGAUUGCGGUUUAAUGAAUCCAGAAUCAUCUGUGAAUCCAAAUGAAUCAUCUACUGUCAAUGAUCAUUUCAAAUACAACAUGUUACCUUAUCCCGUUGAUCUUCCAAAUAUUUGCUACGAAUUAGGAGAUGGAUCUGAUAAAGAAGUGGAACGGAUUGAACAUUAUUAUGGUGGUCGAUUGAGAGCUCAGCGUGCAGCAAGAAUUAUUCAAAACGCCUAUAGAGACUAUCGUUUGAGAGCAGAAUAUGCACGACUAAGAUUUGUCAAAGGUAAUAAUCGUAACACAGAGGUAAAACCCUCAGAGGUUGCUGUUCAAAAUAAAGACAAAUCUAAUCAGUUAUCAAUGGAUGACAGUAGUGGAAGGAGUUGUCUAAAGUCUGGUCGCUUGUAUGAUGUAGACGAUCUAGUUAUUGAUCGAGCAUAUAUGGACUGGUCCCUGGAGGCUACUGUAAAUGAAAUUGAAUCGAAUAACUCAUUGCUGGAUGGUACAUACUUAGCGGAUGACAAAGAUGCCAAGUAUUGUUCUCAGUGGCAGCAAUCUCAAGCGAAAUCUGUCUCUCAAUCUCCUGACGUUCCUAAUAUUAUGAGUAACAAAUACCUAUCUCCUGAUAUUGUGGAGUCACAUGUAAAUAAGAAGGAUUUCUCACGAUCCUCAGUACCUAAUUCAUCAGUGCAAUUUGACAACAACAUCCAAUCAUCUAGACGAAAUAUUGAGAAUAAUUCAGGUAGACACCCAACUAAUCCUCAAACACAAUUGAACAGUCCUCCAUUGCAUAAUUUCAAUCCAUAUUUAAAGUUGAACGUGAACAGUUCGUGUGAAGGUUGCUGUUGUUGUUGUUGUUCCCAUCAGACUAAUUUUAACCAUUACGUUUGUAAUGAAAGCAUUCCCAAGGCACAAGUACUUUCUCCGACUGAAAUAGAUUCUUCUACACACAAUGGACAUUGUUUUCAAAAAUGCUGUUUACCCACCCGGAUACCGAAUCAUCGAAGUAUUCAAAACAACUGUCCAUAUUGCAUGUGUUUCCCGACUAUGGGCUCUAUUGCAUCCAAUAAAUCUCCAACUUUAGUUUGUUUACCUGCUUCCCGGAAUACCACUAUGGUUCCUCCUCCGUGCAAUAGUAACCCGUGUCCAGCAGUUAUAUCUUAUCCUAUUAGUAAGGUAUGCAAAACACCACCGUCUGUAGUUCCAUCUUGUCCUCCUUUGAACAGUGGAUUACUACAUUUCAAUUCAAGGCAUAUAAUGCCAACAACAGCCUCACUGAUUGUCCCUACACAACAAAUGGAAUCUUUAAAAUUAAGUAAUAAUAAUAAUAGUAAUACUAAUAAUAGUGAGUCAUUUCAACGACAUCAUCCAAAUCAUAUGUCUUGUCGAAAUCAAUGUGCACAUAUUGAUCCUGCAAAUUCGUGUCGUUUACGCCUACAUCAUUCCUAUUUUCCAUACACUAUACCAAAUCAGGCAAUUCCAUCGUCUCUGGUUACUCCUUAUGGCUUCAAAAAUCCGUGUCUAAUAAGGAUACCCAGUGCUCAAGAGAAACGCAGAAAACGAACUUAUCGUAUAGGCCUAAAUAUAUUUAACAAAUCACCUGUAAAAGGCAUUGAUUUCCUUAUAAAAAAUGGAUUUUUGGAAAAUUCUCCUCAACUGGUUGCACGUUUUCUGCUUACUCGUAAAGGCCUAAGUCGUGUUGCAAUAGGUGAUUACCUGGGGAAUACAAAAAAUGAAUUAGCUAAAUUGACAACACAGCAGUUUAUUCGAGAGUUAGAUUUUCGUAAUCAAGAGGUUGAUGAAGCGUUGCGUUUACUUCUGAGCUGUUUUCGUACACCGGGUGAAUCACAGAAAAUUGUUCAUUUGCUGAAUGAAUUUCAAACAGCUUAUGUUGAACAGAAUGCAACACGUGUGAAAACACAAUUUCGUAGUUCAGAUACUGUAAUGAUUUUAGCCUAUGCCAUCGUUAUGCUGCAUACUGAUAUGUACAGUCCAAAUGUUCGACAACAAUCAAAAAUGACACGAGAUGAAUUUGUCAGGAAUUUACGUGGUGUAGACUCUGGUGAAGAUUUAGAUCGAGAUUUACUAAUCGGUAUAUACAAUCGAAUGAAAUCAAAGGAAAUGUCUGUUCAGUCGGAUCAUACUGAUCAGGUGCGUAAAAUACAACAACAUCUCACUGGUCCCCUGAAACCGUUGAAUCUUUCAGUACCUCAAAGAAGAUUAGUAUGUUACUGUCGACUCUAUGAGGUACCAGAUAAAAAUAAACGUGAACGAUCUGGUGCACAUCAACGUGAAUUAUUCCUUUUCAAUGAUCUCCUACUGAUAACUAAAGCUGUUCAAAAACGACGUAAAGAUGCAGCUGUCGCCUAUCAAGUACGCAUGACAAUUCAACUGUUAGGCGUAAAAUUAGUACCAUUUGAAACUAUUCAUCAUACAAAUGGUUUAGAAUUAUUGCUACCACUGGGACAGACAACACAGAGUGUAGAUUCACAGAAGGAUAACAGCAGUAUUAUUGUUGAAACACCCAAUGGUCGAGCACGUAUUCUAGCCACCUUCAAUACUAAAACUGCUUCUGAUCGAGCAAGAUUAAUGGAAGAUUUACAAGAAUGUAUUCUAGAAGUUACAGAAAUGGAACGUCUAAGAAUGGAGGAGAUAUCAAAACAGAAACAUAAUCAUGCACAUCAUCAUUGCUACAAGUCACGAGUGGAGAGUGCAGAACAAUUCACGAAAUGUGGCGUGGCAGUGGUGGUAAUAUGAUAUUGGAUCAGUCGAGUUCAUCGUUUGACUCCAGUACUAGUGUUCAUAAUAAUAAUAGUGAGAAAUCAAUGAGUCAUAAAUAUGAUUGUACUGCUAAUAAUGCCUUACAAAUGUGUGCACCAAUAACAUGUUUAACAAAUUCUACAGAUUUCAAUGAUGCAACAGAGCACAGCAAACAACAUUGUCAUCAAUACAAAUCUCAAGAUGGUCAACGGCUAAGCGGGGACAGUGGUCUGAUGGUUGAUUUGGAUACUCCACCAUCAUAGAUAUUUUCCCUUUUUUGAUUUUUAUGAUAGGAGUGUGAAAUUCCACCUUUUUUCCCCUUAAUUUUCCCAUUGGCCUAUUGUUUACACACAUUAUUGGUUUAUAAAUUAUGAUGAUCGCUACAGAAGAAAUUAGGUGGGGUGUUUUGAUCGCUGUAUAUUAAUUAACCUUCUUCCGAUUUAUACAUACAUAUAUAUAAUUCAUAACACUUGUCCUGUCUGCAUGAUUCAACGUAUAUAUACGCGCAUACAUAUAAGGGCUUAUAGACUGUGAUAUUAUUUUCUAUUGACAAAGUAAUUCUUUCAUAAUGUUGUCUCUUUCUCUCUCUCUAACUUUCUGGGGUUAAUCAAUAUUUGGGAAAGAAGUCAGAAAUUUUCACUGGUAUUCAUUUAAUCAAUAAAAGUUUCUUUCCUCGC